UAGGGCUAUUAAUAAAUAUAUAUGAUUAUACUGAAGUAAUUUUCAAGAUUAAUCUAUACAUAUUAUCCUAUGUUUUUAAAGUAGAUAUUAUUUAUAGACAAUUUUUAAAUGUUUAAUAUAGUUUAAAAGACAAUUAUUUUCAAAGUAAUUUCCUACUAAUUAUCGAAAGAAUCUGGCAAAUCUCCUUCUAUACGAAGUGCUUCCGCAGCCGCUGUAGUCACCUGCAGAAUCCAAUGCAACAUUUCGGCGACAGCAACAAAGCAGUCUCGGUUUCUGUUUCAAUUCUUGCGAAUUCAAGAACUGCAUCAGUUUUCAGUCCGUGCGGCUCGUGUAUUGCGCGUAUCGACUACUACCAAACUCCCAACCAGUAAUGAAUUGCAUCACCCAGUUACCCCAUGAGACCGAGGAUCACCGGGAGCAGAGUUAAUUCCCGCCAACGCAGGCAACCGUAAAGCUGACGACGAGGGACACAAACACGCAUGAGAACGCUGCUCUUCUCCAUUCCCAGGCUAUUGGCUUUACUUUUCAUGACCCGGCAAGCCGAAAGACGGCGAGGCGCGCGCUAGCUGCGUCACGCGAUCCAUGGCGCGGUGGUUGCGCACGAGAAAGCUAACGCGUGGCGAACCUGUAUAUGUAGUGGGGCGCCGGCCGCCGCCGCCGCCGAGACGCCCGGGAAGAGCAGCCGAACACACGCUGCUGCGACUCCUCUGUGGCGGCUGCGCGCGCUCGCUCGCUGUGACGACGAUGAUCGCGGAGAGCGCGGCGCAGGUGGUGUCCCUGCUGGCUCCCCUGCUCGUCGUGGUGCUCGUUGCGGCGGUGCUCGCGUCGGCGUCGGGGGCUGGGAGCGCGCGGGAACGGGAGGAGGCCGAGGCGGAGGCGGAGGCGCGGGCAAGGGAGUGGGCGCGGUUCGUGUUCGGCCCGGAGGCCGACGACGAGCGCGCGCCCCCGCCGCCGAGCCGCCGGGUCCUCGUGGUGGCGCGCCAUGACGGGUGCGGUUGAGCACGCGACGCGAGUUGCCUUGGCCACGCGGCCGCAGAUGCAUAUGUGUAGAUGUCGGUGUGCGUGAGUGCGUCCUCGUCAUCUCGUGUGUCGGAUCGAGUAUUACGGAUCCAAGAUUGUUGCAACUUGCUGGCGUGUUAGCUCGAGCAAGUUAGCUAAUUGUAUUACGUGGGCCCGUGUAAGUGUAGGAGCAAACACAAAGUUAUCGUAGUGGGAGGCUUGCAU